AUGAAGCGUCAGGGCAUCGAGACUGGUCCCAUGUGGCUCUUCUAUGGUUGCCGUCAUCAGAACAAGGAUUACAUCUUUGGUAACGAGCUUGAGAGCUUCGUUGAGGAGGGUGCCAUCACUGAGCUUCAUCCCGCAUUCUCGCGUGACCAGAAGGAGAAGGUCUAUGUGCAGAACAAGAUCGAUGAUAACAGCUCUCGUAUCUAUGAGGAUCUCAUUAAGAAGGGUGGUUACUUCUAUCUUUGCGGACAGGCUGGUCAGGUUGAGAACGACAUCAGGAGUGCCGUCUAUCGUGCCAUCGCUAAGGGUGAGAACGUCUCCAUGGAGAAGGCUAAGGAGAUAUUCGAAGACCUUGCCGAGAAUGACCGUUAUUGCCCCGAGGUGUACUAA